CUUAACUCCAAGAUAUAUAGUUUGUUUGAGAGUUUGUUCAAAUAUUUUAAGAAAAAGCAAAGAGAUUAAAGUGAACGAAGGAGAAAGCAGGAUAUAUAUAACAAAGAGAAAAGGGAAGAACCGAUCGAACGCACAAAAGGGAUUGAGAGAGAAAAUAUGGAGGCAGAGACAAGUGCAGCUAAUGCUCCGGCAAGUGCAGCUGAUAAUACUCCGAAGAAGAAGAUGAUAAUGGUGGCUAUCGAUGAGAGCGAAGAGAGUUUCUAUGCUCUCAACUGGGCAUUGGAUCAUUUCCUCAACAAUCCUUCUAAUAUUAUCACUUUGAUCAAUGUCCAACUUCCUUUUAGCCCCAUGGUUUAUCCUGCUGGACCUGUUGUGUUUGCAGCGCCUACCAUGGUUGAAGCGGUAAAAAAAGCACAACACGAGAAUGCAACCAGAAUGCUCUCUCGGGCACUCCAUCUCUGCAAACAAAAGAUGGUGAAGGUGGAGACUCUGAUCCUUGAUGGGGAUCCAAAAGAUAAGAUAUGUCAAGCUGCACAUGAAUUGCACGUUGACCUUCUAGUAGUCGGUAGCCGAGGGCUCGGCAAGAUUAAAAGGGCUUUCUUGGGAAGUGUGAGCGACUAUUGUGCUCAUCAUGUGCACUGCCCUAUUCUCAUUGUGAAGCCAUCCAAGGAAAACCCCAAAAGCGGCUAAUUAAGUAGGAUAUAUGUGAUAUAUGUUGCAUAAAUCAUACACGAAUGUCUUUUAGUUGAUGAAUAAACACAAGUUUAUUGAAGAUUCUCAAAACUUGUGUAAUUUGAAGGAGCGUUAUUAAUUAUCAAUAAAUUAAGAUUGUAUGUGUUGUCUUAACAGCAGAGACAAUAGGUCUCUUUGGGACAGCUAUUAAUAAUAUAUAGCCGUGACACUGAAUUGGGGAACUAGUACAAUUUGAAUAUUUGA